CUGACUGUUGAAAGUUUUGUGAGAGAGUAAACCAGCUUCCUUCCUCUUUGCUCGGCUCAUCUCCUGAACCCUGCGGGACGCAGGCCCAGUGCUGCGUGGACUUUGAAGACCAAAAUGCUUCAGGAUGUACAUCCCAGUCGCCUGCGGCUGCUUCAACCACUGACAGCUUUGGUGUCGCUGCUGCUGGCCUCUGCAGACCGGGGAGCUGGUCUCCCGAAGGCCGUGGUGAGCCUCCAGCCCCCGUGGCUCCAGGUGUUCCCCGGGGACAACGUGACUCUGAGCUGCCAGGGGGCCCACAGCCCUGGGGACAACUCCACCCAGUGGUUCCAGGAUGGGACCGCCAUCCCCACCCAGGUCCAGCCCAGCUACAGCUUCAAGGCCAGCAGCAACCACAGCGGGGACUACAGGUGCCAGACGGGCCGGACCAGCCUCAGCGACCCUGUGCACCUGGACGUGACUUCCGCCUGGCUGCUGCUCCAGACGCCCCGCCUGCUGGUCCCGCAGGGGGCCCCCAUCGUGCUGCGCUGCCACAGCUGGAAGAACUGGCGCCUGUACAAGAUCCAGUUCUUCCAGGACGGGAGACCCAAGUGGUUUUCAUACACGAACGCCAGCUUCUCCAUCCCACACGCGAACGCCAGCCACAGUGGCGCGUACCACUGCUCAGGGCUCCUCGGGCAGAUGCAGCACACAUCGCAGCCCGUGAACAUCACCGUCCCAGCCCUUUCACCCGUCCUUCCUCCGUGGCCCCAAAUCGCGUUCUGCCUGGUGAUGGGGCUCCUGUUUGCGGUGGACACGGGGCUCUAUUUCUUUGUGCAGAAAGCACUCCGAAGCUCAGCGAGGGACUGGAGUAGUGACAAAGUCACGUGGACCAAGAGCCCCGAGGACAAGUAACGCCUCCUGGCACCUGUAAGAGCUACAGGUCUCCGCAGGCCAGACCUCUGCCCCCCACCCCCAGCGCCCCCUGGUGGGCGAGCCGGAGCUGCGAGGGGCCUGGGAGCAGGAAGGGCCUGUAAUCUCAGAGCGAACCACCCCCAGGCUCUCCCUCACUGGCUUCCUGCUGGUCAAGAGGACUGACCGCUGUCUUCACAGGCCCUCACAGAGGCCCCACAUACGCACGCUCACCAAGUCCUGCUUCC